AUGGACGACCGUACUGAUACCCUCACACAGACAAUGUCGCGAGAAGUAGCGAGAGCGGCCAAGUCCGCUUCCAAUGCCAUCGCCGUGCACAAGAAAUACACUGUUCAAUCGACGGGAAUUUGGGAAGUCAUCCGGCGUGCGUUGUCUAUCGACCCCAACAGGUCUACUGGUGUACCUUUGAACGCCCAAUUCCGCAACCCGACGCCAGGUGCCCUGCCGCCGCAAUCAUAUGACGACCCAGUAACACUUCCUGCCGCAGAUAUCGCAGAUAACCCGUACUGGAAACGUGAUGUCCGUCGCAACUAUCCGCAGCUCAGCGUCUUCAAGCAGGGCGAUGUUGCGGGACUCUUGACGUUCGGAAACAAGCAAGCACCCAAGGAUGAUGUGCUUCAGAUCGGAGAAGCCGGCGAGAAGCAGCUGAUUGCUGCAAAGGAAGAGGGAGAAGAGCGAGGUCUGGCAGCACAUUUCGAGAAGGAUAAAGGCAGCAUUCAAGGAAUUUUGGGACCGGAUGGUCUACCCCCACUCCCAGCCAAACUCAACAAGUCAUCCAAUUAUGAACUUAGCCCUGGUGGUCAAGGAUACCCGGAGAAACCCUCGGACAAGGUGUUGUGGGCCUCGCGUGUACCUGAUAUUAGGUGUAUUAUUUUCUGGAUUCGUUUGCCUGUGAACUAG